AUGUCGACAUACUCCUUUUCGAAACCAUCAUCCUUCAACACCACCGAAGGCGGAAAUUCAUUUAACGCUCUUUGCGAAACUGCAAUCAAGGAGUUUUUGGACGAUCCCGAAACACAAAAACUGGCCGACAACCCUUUUGUGAGAUACGUCACCUGCAGAAAGGAGCAGAUUGAAAAGGGUAAAGAUGAGGAGCACGAUGACCCCAUCGAGCAGACGCAACAAUGCAUUCGCGAGGUCGAACAAAGAUGGACAGGAAGCAAGGCUCAUCAUUUGCGGGAAAGGAUCAACCCAUUCAUCGAAAGCAUCACUACAUUGACGAAAUCAUGCGAAAGCCUUCUUCAGCCUGCACCUUUUGGCGUUGCAAUCGCUGUUUCUGGGUUCCGAAUCGUCUUGGAACUUGCUACCAAGGCUCAUGGUGCAGUGGAAGAGAUCCUCAGCGUUCUGGAGGAGGUCCCUCCACUCUUGGACUGCUACAAGAUGACUGCGAUGUCACAACAGAACUCUCCACAGAUAUCGAAGGCCAUCAAGAAGUCAUACAAGAAUAUUCUGCAGUUUUGGGCCUACUCGGCUAAGGUGUUGUCCAAGAGCUACACAAGAGUCACUCUAUCCUCGGCGAUGAGACCAUUCAAGCAGGAAAUCCAGACUUUCCGGGAAAAGUUUCGAGAAGACUCCAAACAAGUCAGCCAAUUGCUCAUUGCAAGUAUGGCAAUUGAGAGAGUAAGGGAAAAUCAGGAGAGAACAAGAGAUGAAAUCCUCAGGUGGAUAAGAGGUGGCGAAAAAGCCGACUCAUUUGAUGCAGAGAAGGACUUAGAACUGAGGAAUAUGUGUCGCACCGAGGGCACCUGCACGUGGUUAUUUGAGAGACAAGAGUUCAAAGAUUGGAGAGACGCCAAGAAGAAUUCUGUUCUUUGGUACAAUGGGCCUCCAGGCUCGGGGAAAAGCGUUUUGGCAUCGGCGGUCAUUAACCACUUGCAAGAACAGCCUGAAUCAGAAGUUGUUCACUUUUUCUAUUCGUUCAGAGCGGCAUCCAAGCGACAAGAGACUUGUGGGUUACGCUCCAUCGCUCUGCAGCUCUUGGGUAAACUGGACGUGGCCUCGAACCCUUUGAAAGCCGAGUAUGAUCGGGCCAGGAAGACCUGCAAGCACGAGCUGACUAAUAAUGACGGAGAAGUAAUGGUCAGACUUCUCCGUGCACUAUUGAAUCAUAGCCGCUUUCCCCAGGUUUAUGUGGUUUUAGAUGGGUUGGACGAGUGCUCAGUUCGAACUCACGGCAAUCCUUUGUUCUACAGCUUGCAGCAGCUUCUCAACUUGGACACACUCGGAACAGUAAAGUGGUUCCUUACUAGCAGGGACGUUCCGGAGAUACGGUCCGUCAAGUACGCUUUCAAAGCUGUCGAAAUUAGUCCAAACCUCACGAACACUUCCAAAGACAUCCGUGCCUUUCUCGACGCCCAGAGGAUCUGCCCAACUCACGAUGAGCCCUGGUUUGACACAGACGAACACAACUUUCUCUAUGCAGCGCUGAUCUGUGAGAUUGCAAAGAACAAGGCCUACAGAACUAAGCAAGGAACCAUUGAUGCCCUGCAAAGCUUCCCCAGAGGCUUGGAAGACUGCUAUAUCAAGUCGUUGGCCAGGAUUUCAGGACUGCCCUAUCACAAACAGGACCUAGCCAAGCGAACCUUUCGAAUCCUUACAUUGUCGGAAAAGGAACUUACCCUGAUGGAGCUUAUUGACGCCCUCAAGCCUUAUACUGAUCCUGCCAACAAUGGCAUCAAGUCCAAGAAAGAUGCACUUCGCGUUUACGACAGAGUAAAGGACGUCUGCAGCCCGUUGAUCACCAUGGAAGACACGAAUGGUUCUCAGAAGAUCUCACUGUGCCACAAGUCAGUCAAGGACUUUUUUAUCGACCCAAAGAACAAGAGGAGAAUUGAAGAGUACCUGCCUGACUUCUUUAUCGACGAGAACAAAGCUUUAGAGGAGCUUGGAGUCAGUUGCAUCGAGUAUCUCAGUGAGGAACGAUACCAAGAUCCGUCUGACCUAAAAGCGCUGGUCACAAGGUCAGAGUCAUCCUACAACAAUGCUUUCCUUCGCUACGCCGCCGUCUUUUGGCAUAUGCAUAUGCAAGACAUAACGCCAAGCUCUGAAACCCUGAAGACUGUUGAAGACUUUCUCAAGAGCCCUGCAUUUUGGACUUGUAUCUACGUACAAAGUCACGCAGCCCCUCAUCUUUUCGCACGGUAUAAGCGGGAAACAAGUCAUUAUAAGCAGAUCCUGGGAACAAUACCUAAUGCAGCACUUCAAUUUGGACUUCCCCUGCCACCAUGGAAAGAAGACUCUUCGUCCGCAGAUUACGUAUCGCUGGACCGCUCAUUCUGUGCUUUUGUUCUGGACUGGGGCGAACUUCUUACUAAGAACCCUGAUCAACUUCAUCAUGCUGUUCCGCUCACUCUUUAUAAACCCAGCUGUCACCUCAAAGCUCCCAACGGGCUUCAAAAAGUUCACAUCAAAUAUGUUGCCAAGUUACUCGAAUCAACGACCGAGAUGCGUGUAUUGGAGUCGUCGUUCUCUUCUACGGGUAAGAAACGUGGUAAAACACUGCAGCUUCAGAUCAUUCGCGAGAACGGUUUGAUGCCCCAUCGCCGGGUCAAAGUGAAUCAAGUGGAUGUCUUCUCUCGGUCGAAGUCUGAUCAAAAUAGAGAGGUCGUCCUCGACUCAUCAGCCCCUGACAGCGAAUGUAUCACCACAAUUGCCCGGGAUAGCAAGAAGGGCGACUCCUUUCUACAGAGUUGGAAAGUAAACAGUCGUGAUUUGAGUAUUACUCGUUGCCUUCUGGGGGGCGCGUCAGGGAACCGAGUUGACCAGGCCCCUCCGCAAGUGUGUAGAGACCUGGACUUGGGACUGGAAGGCAAAGGACAAUGGAAUCUCGUACAAAUUGAUGUCGUUACACAGCCGACUCGAAAAGACUCGGAUUCAACGACUCGGCUAUUCUAUUUCCGCAAGGGUCAAUGCCUGGUUCAUCCCCAUGAAAGAGCAAAGUCACCCAAUAAUGUAAUCGUCAGCAACUCAGAUUCCCAAGACAGUAGUUCAGACUCUGAUGACGACUCUGGCUGGAGUUCGGACUCUGAUGAUGACUCUGAUUCAAGUGAUACGCACAGUAUCAAUGGGGAGAGGAAUGGAAGCCUGGAAACUUCAGAUAUUCUGGAUGGAGAACGCAAAAAGCCGAUGACAGAAUGUCUUAUCGUGGCAAAUGACUUUGGCAGACCUGUUUGGCGACCAAUCCAGACCGACCGCUUAUCGUGGUCUAGAAUAAUAGGCACUCGUCAUCCGGCAUUGCCUAUCGUAGCUGUCUCUUAUAAGUUUGGUGGACUCGACUUACUCAACGACGAUAGUGGCUCCAGUACAAGUUUGGAGAUCUCUGAAAAGGGGCAAGACCAAAUGGUAGAGCCUGUGGCAGUGUCACGAGAGGUGCAAUUCUCGCCGUGCGGGAAAUUCCUCACGCUUUUGUCCAUCAGCCUCUACCAGAAGGACGUCUGUGUGGAGUGUCAAGUCACCGUGUCAUGCUUCGAAUUUCUUCAAACUACUUCUGGAUAUAGCUUCCAAACUCGCAAGAAUGGCAUAUUGACAAGCUUUAGCUACAGAUUCCUGGGCAAGGUCGACGAACUACCUCGACCGUACAUCAUGACAAACUGGACAGCUGAAUACGUUGUCUUGGCUCUGCCUCCAUUGACCUAUAGUCCGAAGAUCAUUAAAAUAUCGCUUUCGCCUGUCGAAGAUCAGGCCAGCACGCCGAGAGAUUUCCCACCAAGAACAUCGACACUCACACAUCCUUUAUUCUUCCCGCAAUCGAUUAUUUCCCGCGACCCCCAUAUUAUGUACGGCGAUGGAGGCUCACAUGAGAAAGACAGUUACUUAUAUCUCGUCUUGGACACUCCAGAUCCAUCAUCAUCGUGUGCAGAAUCAACGCUGCGCUGUGGGCCUGGCCACUUCCGGGGAUUGGAAUGCCCUGCAAGUACACACAAUGACAAGAGGACUGGAGUCAGCGGUCCAGUGGUAAUGGGAUGGAAACUAUCAGGCAGUAGCAAGGCCGGAAAGACUGGCGACGGUGAAGACGAUGGAGGUGCUUCUGGAGAAAAGCUUGCAUGGCGGGAAUGGGACAAUGAAGACGAGGUUUCUGAAGAUGUCAAAGCCAAGAGGUCGGCUACGGAUGAGUAUGACUUGUUGCGGGGUGAUUUUGUGGGAGAGACAUAUUCUGUUCCCAUCCGAUCCGGGCUGAAUUGGACCAAAGAAGGCGUUCUUAGUUGUUGA